AUGGGGCGUCUCCUUGACACCAAAGAUGUUCGACUGACGCCUGAAAACCCUCGGGACCGCGAGCGCUCUUUGCGGGAAAGCGAGCGCAUGCCCUACAAGGCUCCGGAGCUGCUGCUGCUGCGUCAGCAGCAGCAGCAGCAGCAGCCGCAGCAGCAGCAGGGCUACGGCUUUGAGGUGGACAUUUGGUCUGCUGCUGUCGUCUUCUUCGAACUUGUUGCUGCUGCUCCUCCCUUUUGCUGCAGCAGCGAGCUGCUGUACUUUCUAGAAUGCUGCAGGCUGCUGGGAACUCCCACCACGAGGCAGCAGUGGCUUCGGAUACUGAGCCCCCCACAGCAGCAGCAGCAGCAGCAGCAGCAGCAGCAGCAGCGGCAGCAGCGGCGGCAGCGGGACAGGGAGGAGGAGGAGCCGGGGGAGAGAGAAGCAGCAGAAGAAAAAGCAGCUGCUGCUGUUUGCCCAAUGCUGUGGCUGGAGCUGCUGCCGCUCUGGCCGGCCCCGCGCUGGCAGCUGCUGCAGCAGCAGCUGCAGCAGCAGCAGCAGCAGCAGCAGCGGCAGUGGGCUGCACACAUACGUGAACGCGGCACGCAGCAGGACCAGCAGCAGCUGCAGCAACUGCUGUGGCGCCUCGACCUCCUGCAGCAGCAGCUGCAGCAGCAGCAGCCCUCCAGCAGCGCUGCCCCAGCCACAGCAGCAGCAGCAGCAGCAGCAGCAGAAACGCUAAGUGAAGAUACUGCAACAGAAGCAGAAAAGAUUCUGCUGCAAUUUGGCCGCCUCAUUGGGCCAGCGCCGCUGCUGCUGCUGCAGCAAACUUUGACAAUAGACAGGACACAGAGAAUAUCAGCAGAGAAGGCACUGCAGCUGCUGCAGCUGUGCAUAGAAAUCGAGAUUUGCAGCAGCCGCAUAGAGACAACAGCAGCACGGGUUGCAGCUCGAGCAGCAGCAGCAGCUGCUGCUGGAGCACCAGCAGCAGCAGCAGCAGCAAUAGCAGCAGCAGCGACAGCAGCAGCAGCAGCAGCACCGCAAGAAGCGGUCCUGACACCCAAGGACUGCAGCAGCAGCGGCAGCAGCAGCAGCGGCAGAAGGUUCGACAGCAGCAGCAACGCUAAGCGCAGCGACAUCACCAGCAGCAGCAUCAGCAGCUGCAGCAGCCGCAGCAGCAGCAGCAGCAUGACUCGCAGCUGGAGGUUGCAGACGCCGAGCAGCAGCAGCAGCAGCAGCAGCAGCAAAUGCAUUCACAACAGACGCAGCAAGCAAGAGGCUGAGACUACCGAAACUUAUAGUCCCAGCAGCAGCAGCGACAGCAGCAGCAGCAGCAGCAGCAGCAGCAACAGCAGAGAGAUCCCCUGUUGGCCUGCUAUAGUUAAGCUGGCCUACAAGUGCUGCUACCGCAGCAACGAGCAGCAGCAAAAAGAAAAGGAGGCGAAGCAGCGACUGCUGCUGCAGCUGCAGCGAAUCGAAAAACAAAAUUGCCGGGGGCAGCAGCAGCAGCAGCAGCAGCAGCAGCAGCGGCAAAAAGCAGAGUGCAACGCGCUAUGGGAGGAGGCCAAACACCUGCUGCUGCCUUUCCUUGAAGUAUCUAUUGACACCCUAGUGGCGCUGCAGCAUGAGUUCCAACUGCAGCAGCAAACGCUGCAUGCUGCUGCGAUGUACAUACACCUCGUGCUGCAGCAGCAGCUGGUCGAAGAGACAGCAGCCCAUUUGCUGCUGCAUACGAAAGAGGCGGAGAAGCUACAGCAGAAACUGCUGCUGCUGCAGCAAUCGGAGGCACAUCUACAGCAGCAGCAGCAGCAACUGCAGCAGCAGCAGCAGCAGCAGCAUCAACUGCAGCAGCAGCAUCAGCAACGCUUGCUGCCGAGAAUGUCUCUUUCCCUGCAAAGCAAACGUGUGGUUGCAGCAGCAGCAGCGCCAGAAGCAGCAGCAGCAGCAGCAGCGAGCAGGUGUGUCAGGUCGCAGCGUUUCUCCCAGGCAGUCAGCAGCGGCAAGAGCAAGAGCAGCAGCAGCAGCAGCAGCAGCAGCAGCAGCAGCCCAGACGCAGAAGCAGAAAGCAGCACAGCCAGCAAACGCCUACAACUCAAUGCAGUACAAGCAGCAGCAGCAGAAGCAAAACAAUCCACUGCAGCGUCGAGUCAUCAAGGCACCACCACUGGCAGCAGCAGCAGCAGCAGCAGCAGCAGCAUCUCUGGUGCGUGGCAGCAGCAGCAGCAGCAGGUAGCUGCGGAGCCACCUACAGACUCACUAGAAGGGGGCAGCCAUUUGCUGAAGCAGCGGAAAAGGCGUUCAGCAGCAGCAGCAGCAGCAGCAGCAGCAGCAGCAGCACGAGUAGCGACAGCAGGAGCAGCAGCAGCAGGAGCAGCAGCAGGAGCAGCAGCAGGAGAGCAGCAACAAGUGGAAGAGCUGCUGCUGUUGCACCUGACUGCUGCAGCAACAGUCCCCAAAGCUGUGCUGCAGCGCCUCUGCUGCUGCAGCCUUGCUGCAGCAAAAGUUGCUGAUGUCUUUUUUGAAAGAAGCCAAGAGUAUUACAAAACAAAUAAUGCUGCUGCUUAUGCGGAGUCAGCAGCAGCAGCAGCAGCAGCAAACGCAUUCAAGAACCAAUUCGAGACAGCCGUCGCAGCUGCGGCAGCUGCUGCUGCUGUUGCGGUAGCAGCAGCAGCAGCCAGCAACAGCAGCAGCAGCGGCAGCCGACCAAAUCAGCAGCAGCAGCAGCUAUGUGGAAGUGGGGCGCCUUGGGCUGAGGGCAGCGCUUUAGAUGCAGCAGCAGCAGCAGCAACUCCCCUGGCAGCAACAAGAGCAGCAGCAGCAGCAGCAGCAGCAGCACAGACAGCAGCAGCAGCAGCUCGCGCUGCAGUGGAGCCCCUAGAGGUGCUGCUGACAGCAGAGCUGCUGCUAGCUGAAGAGGAGCGGCUGCUGCUGCUGCUGGACUUCGAUUUGCUGCUGCCCAUGUCUCCUUUUGCUGCUCUCUCAUCUCUGUGGCAAAUAGCUGAGGCCUCUUCCGCUGCAAUUGCCAGUCGCGUGCUGCAGCAGCAGCAGCAGCAGCAGCAGCAGCACAAGCAGCAGCAGCAGCAGCAGGAAAUGUGCUUUUGCCCUGUCGCCCUAGAAGCCCUCAGCGCUUUGCGGCAGCAAGUGGAAAGCAUCAGCACCUCGCUUAAGGCGCGGCUGCUGCUGCGCCGCUCUCUCGUGCUGCAGUCUGCUGCUGCUGCUGAUACGCCUGCUGCUGCUGCUGCUGCUGCUACGCUGCAGUUGAGCAAGGCAGCAGCAGCAAAUGUGCUGCUGCUGCAGCACGCAGCAGACAGAUAUGCGAAUUCAACUUCAGCAGCAAAUGCUGCAGCAGCAGCAGCAACAGCAGCAGCAAUAGCAGCUGCAGCAACAGCAGCAGCAGCAGUAGCAGUAGCAACAGCAGUAGCAGCACCGGCAGCAGCAGCAACAGCACCGAAGGAACAGUAUGAGCUGCUAUUGCAGCCGCAGCAACAGCAGCUGCAGCAGCUGCAGCAGAAGCAGCUGCAGCAACAACAGCUGCAACAACAGCAGAUGCAGCAGCAGCAGGCGCAGCAACAGCGCCUGCAGCAACAGCUGCAGCAACAACAGCUGCAACAACAGCAACAGCAGCUGCAGUAA